GGAAAACUUGGCUCUGCAGAGUCCAGAACACAGCAGACGGCUGGCAUUCGACGUUCUGAUCAGCUCCUAAAUCUGUCAUCACCUCUCGAAAAGCGCUUCAACUGUGGGAAUCCACCUCUUUGGGAGCAUCGCCAGAACAAUUCGCAAUGGCUGCUGCUGCAUGUAUCCAGACUGCGUCCGUGGGCCACUUCGGUUGCCAGAUCGGAUUGAAGCAGCGGCUGGGUGGUCAGUAUGCAGCAUUGCCAAUGCUGCGCAAGAAGGACCUGGAGUCCUCAAAAGCGCUCCCAUCGUGGUCAAGGUCCUUAAGUGAUACUGCGGCAUUUGCGGUGCCCUACAAGCAUCCGUCCCCCCUGACUCAAACGUCAUCAAGGAGUGUGGUUCCUAAGGUCGCAGCUGCCGCUCCUGCACCUUCUGCCAACGAGAAGAUCAAAAUCGGAAUCAAUGGAUUUGGCCGGAUCGGUCGGCUCGUCCUUCGCGCCGCACUUGCCAGGGAUGACGUCCAAGUUGUGGCUAUUAACGACCCUUUCAUUGCACCUGACUACAUGGCCUACAUGUUCAAGUACGAUUCAACCCACGGCCCGUACAAGGGCGAGGUCACUGCAGCCAACGGCCUGUUCAGUGUGGACGGAGAAAAUAUUGCAGUCCACCAGUCCAAGGACCCUUCUGAGAUCCCCUGGGGCGAGGCCGGCGCUCAAUUUGUGGUCGAGUCCACCGGCGUCUUCACCACCAAGGAGAAGGCUGAGACGCACUUGAAGGGCGGUGCGGAGUACGUUGUGAUAUCCGCGCCAUCGAGUAACGCCCCCAUGUACGUGAUGGGCGUCAACGAGGACAAGUUCGACCCGUCCGAGAAGAUCGUGUCCAACGCCAGCUGCACCACCAACUGCCUCGCGCCCCUUGCGAAGGUGAUCCACGAGAACUUCGGCAUCGCGGAGGGCCUCAUGUCGACCGUGCACGCGACCACCGCGACCCAGAAGACCGUCGACGGCCCCUCCAGCAAGGACUGGAGGGGCGGCCGCGGCGCCGGCCAGAACAUCAUCCCCAGCUCCACGGGAGCCGCCAAGGCGGUGGGCAAGGUCCUCCCCGAGCUGAACGGCAAGCUGACCGGGAUGUCGUUCCGGGUGCCCACUGCUGACGUGUCGGUCGUCGACCUCACCGUGAAGCUGGAGAGGCCCGCCUCCUACGAUGACAUCAAGGCUGCCAUCAAGAAAGCCUCUGAGGAUGAGCUGCACGGCAUCUUGGGCUACACGGAGGAUGACGUUGUUUCCGCUGACUUCAUCGGUGACGAGCGGUCGAGCAUCUUCGAUGCCAAGGCCGGCAUUGCCUUGAACGACUCGUUUGUGAAGCUGGUCAGCUGGUACGACAACGAGUGGGGCUACUCGAACAGGGUGGUGGAUCUGGUGGUGCACAUGGCGCGUGCGGUUGCCAAAGCCAAGUGAUUCACAUUAAACAUUUUUUCAGCAGCUGCUAUGCUGCGGAAAUAAGACAAGAAUGCGAUGCGUAGGUAGGUUGAUAUUGCUGGCGCAUACCAAAACUUCUACAAUGGGCUGUAGCUUCUGAGUUGAGCGAAAGAUGGACGGCAACAAGGAGAUAAAAUUAUAGGGAGGACAUGCAAAAUGUGACCAUGAUAACCAUAGAUUGCAAGCUGACUGAUGACAUAGACAAGGUUAUUUUUCUGUGAAUUCUGGUUUAAUGCGGGAUUAUAUUGCUUAUAAAAGAGUUGCGC